UAGACGGCGAAUUGAAUCAAUACAAACAAUCACAUCCAUAUCUUACCCAUUGACUCACCAUGGCCACACCAACCGCUUCCCAAAAGAACCCCUCUUUCGUUCUCCAAGAACCAUUCAAAGUCACAUAUGAAGACCGGCCAAUUCCUGAACUCCCAUCACCAUACGACGUUAUUGUGCGGCCGCGAUGGACUGGCAUCUGCGGUUCCGACGUGCACUACUGGGUCGAGGGACGCAUCGGCCACUUUGUAGUUGAGAAGCCCAUGGUGCUCGGCCACGAGUCUGCCGGUAUCGUACACAAGGUCGGCGACAAGGUCAAGGGCCUGAAAGUCGGAGAUGAAGUCGCCAUGGAGCCUGGUGUGCCCUGCCGUCGUUGCGUGCGCUGCAAAGAGGGAAAGUACAACCUCUGCCCAGACAUGGCAUUCGCAGCGACACCCCCAUACGACGGUACCCUCGCACGGUACUACACUCUUCCAGAAGACUACUGCUACAAGCUACCCCAAAACAUGAGCAUGGAGGAGGGCGCCCUCAUCGAGCCCACCGCCGUCGCUGUCCACAUUACUCGCCAAGCAGCCAUCAAGCCUGGUGACUCUGUUGUCGUAUUUGGUGCCGGUCCCGUCGGUCUGCUCUGCUGUGCCGUCGCAAAGGCAUACGGCGCAAAGAAGAUUGUUACCGUUGACAUCAACGACGAGCGUCUAGGCUUUGCGCUCAACUACGCUGCCAACGCCAGUUUCAAGAGCGAGCGCGUAAGCGCAGAGGAGAACGCCAGGAACAUGAUUAAGCAGUGUGAAUUGGGGCCUGGUGCCGAUGUCAUCAUCGAUGCGUCUGGUGCAGAGCCUUGCAUUCAGACUGCCAUUCACGCUUUGCGCAUGGGCGGAACAUAUGUUCAGGGCGGCAUGGGCAAACCAGAUAUCACCUUCCCCAUUGUAGCAAUGUGCACAAAGGAACUCAACGUCAAGGGCUCCUUCCGCUACGGUCCCGGCGACUACCAGACUGCGAUUGACCUUGUGGCUACCGGCCGUAUCUCAGUCAAGGAGCUCAUCACAGGCAAAGUCAAGUUUGAGGAUGCAGAGAACGCGUUCAAGGAUGUCAAGGGCGGCAAGGGCAUCAAGAUUUUGAUCGAGGGUCCUGCCGAGUAGGUUUGAUCUGGGGUUUUUUUUUGAGAAGGUUGUCUUGCGAUGAUAUCGUUUUCAUGAGGCGAAGAAGUGUAGAUGUAUGUCUCGUCACGAUUUUUUCUUUUUCUUUUUUUUCUAGGAGCAGCAAAGGAGAUGCUGUUAUUUUUCUCGAUGUUGAUGGGGAAAAUAAAAUAGUGUCUGGUAUGUGGUAAAAUUAUUUCCGAGAAAUCAACGGUUAGUAUAUCAAUGUUUACACUUGUAGUGUUUUUUUUUGACGUAAGGCUGAAGAUGAUUUUUUUUUCAACAUACAUACACGAUAUUUUAAUUGU